AUGGUGUUGAAAAAAUUAAUUCGAAAAUUUGGCACAAGAAAGAGUGGUCAGAAAUGGCAAUGGCACAAGAUUAUUAAUACUGACUUUUCUGGAAUAUUUACAAUCGAAGGUUUUUGGAAUACUAAAAAUGAUGUCAUUUAUGCUGAACAUUCAUCUGAAAUUCCUGCUGAUUUAAGAGAAGCAUUAGUAGUAAAAUUUCCAAGUGGUGUCAUGUUGUGGGGAGCUAUUAGCUCCAAAGGCUUGAUGCCACAAAGUUGUCCUAUCAAUUUUACUCAAUUGUUACGAGAUCAACUCCCGCUUGAUAAACGUAAAAGAAUCUACAUGGCCGGUGAUUUGUAUGCUAAAUUUUUACGUGAAGAAGCUAUUCCAACAAUCAAUGAAGUGGUGAAAAAUCUAAGCGAAGUCAUAUUCCAAGAUGAUCAAGAUUCAAAACAUCGAACGAAAGUAGCUAUGGACGUUGUUUCUGAUCAUUUCGAAGAAAGAAUAGAACCAAAUGAUGGAGAUACCAAAUUUGCGGAUGUAUGGCCCAUUGAAAACAUUUGGGGAAUCCUGAAGGAAAAAACGAGAGGAAAGAAGUUUCAAAAUCUUGAUUUACUCGUUGAUUUUAUUAAUUCAGAAUGGCGAAAAAUCUCACCUGAUCAAUGUGAAGCUGAUCAAGUUCACUUUACAGCUCUAUUACGGGAGACAUCAUUCCUCGACAAAAACUGUCUACAUUUGACGAACAAACUUUUGGAUGUUGUGGAUUUUUAA